AGCAAGUAUACAUAUUGCGUACCCAACCAAAUCAGUCUUCCCUCAUUUUUGGCGGGAAAAAGGAGUGGUCACCGGCGGCGACACAAUGAGCUCGUCAGCGGCGGUAGAUACCGAGGCAGACUUGGUCUGCGAACUGGACAGCGUACGAGGCGUUGUAGAUGCCCUCUGCUCCGUUCGGUGGAAGCGCUUUCAAGACGCUCUCGUUGAAUUAUCUGAACACGGUAUAGUCAUAAUCGUCGAGGAAACCGGCUGUCUUCAGGCCAAGGUUUACUUACAACGCGAGUUAUUUAUCAAAUAUGAUUACCGGGCGACCGGCCGGCCACGAUUCGGGGUUAGCUUGGGGCUCUUUAUUGAUUGCCUUAAUACAUUUUCAGUCCCCGGCCGCUCCAACAUUCUUGAGCUCUGCUAUCCAGGGCCCGAUAUGCAACUCAUGCUCCGAUCUGUUGAUUCUCCAGAUGCCUGCAUUUAUGCAGAGAUAAGGACAAGGAUUCCAGAGACAAUCUCAUGGGACUACAACUUUGAGCCUGCAGGAAGCACUCCUCUUAGUUUCACGGUUAAAUCUGCAGCUCUAAAGGAAGCUAUUGAUGAUCUUGAAUGGCCCGGGGCUAGCAUUCAAAUAGCGUUACAGCCAGCGCCCCCGUCCGUCAUCUUCAGGGGUGAAGGCCAUGGGGACCUGCAGGUUUGUUUCCUGUUAGCCUAUCAUGCGCAGCUGCUCAUCACUCUUGCUGAAGUGCUUCGUCGUGCCUUGGUCAGGUACAAAUACAAGUUCCUGCGAGCAACAACUUCAAACAUACCGGCUAGUGUUUUAAAAGACAAUCGAGGGAGCAAGGCGACAAUUGGCAGAGGUGGCAUGCUCAAAAUUCAGCACCUUGUUUCAGUGGCCAAGCCCUCCAUUCCCCAUGCCCACAUCGACUCGGCUGGUUAUCAGCAGCCCAGUCGCGUUGCUUAUAUUGAGUUCUUUGUGAAGCCAGAGGUAGAAGAAGAGAAUGUAGAUGAUGCUUAGGACAUGACAUUGAGAUCUCCCUCGGGAUUUAUUUUGGGAGUUGGCAACCUAACUCUGUAUAAAAUACCUUACAUGGUAUGUCUUAGUGAUGAGUUUCGUUUGUAGAGAAAAAAUGAACGCAGAAAACUGAAUAGAACAAAAGAAAUUAAAGGAAAAGAAGAGGCAAUUGCUUUCAAA